AUGGCAACAACGGCGACGCCCUCGAGCAAUCGCUACCAGAACGUCUACCCCGGGACGCCGUCAUCUGAGAAGCGGAGGCUCAAGGGGCUUUGGUAUAGGAACGAGUGGUGGUGCAACUGCUCGCCGCGUGCAAGAGCCGUCGCGCGCAACGUCACCAGCAACACCCCCAACAAGGGCAAAGGCUUCUGGGUCUGCCGCCUCCCUCCCAGCGAAGGCUGCGGCUUCUUCCUCUUCUUCGAGGAGGCGAGGCUGCGCGAGAUCAGCCUCUCCGGCGAGGCCCCUCCCGACACCCCGUCCCGGGCGGGGCCCUCCCUGACGCAGACGCGGCUCACGGACAUUGGGUUCCAGGUCCUCGGCAGGCGGCGCGGCAGCGAUCCCGGCCUCCUUUCGCAGACGGAGGCCGGGGACGACGGCGCGGGGCGUGCUGCUGCCGAGCCCAUGAGUUCGUCGCAGCCGGAGGCGGAGAGGAGGGAUACUGAGGGGAGGGAUGCCAAGGGGAAGGGGAGGGCUGUUGAUCGGGGCUAUGAGCCUCUUACUCCUGGGACCAGCGGUGGAUUGAAGCGCAAGUUUGAAGAUGCCUUUGACGAUGACGACGACGAGUUGAACUCGGAUGACGAGCGGCAGCUUGCCGCUAUGACGGAUAGGAGCGUCGAGAAGUUCCUCCGCGAACAGGCCUACAACAUUCAUGGUGCCCCGGCAGACGGCCAAGAGGAGAUUCUCGCCAGUUCGUCCCAGCCCGUUGCUCGCAAACUCUUCCCCCAGGCACAGCAUAGCGCCGCUGCCGAGGGCGAAGAGGACGUCCUUGCCACUUCGUCCAAGCCCGUCGCGCGUACGCUCUUCCCCCAGGCACAGGGUAGCACUGCUAAGCGCACGAAAACUGUGUCUUUCGAAGAGCCGGAGCCCCCUACGCCCAGCAGGACGCCUCACGUCAGGGGCUCUCAGUCGUCGCAGGCCGAGAGCUCGUCGCAGACUUCGCCUCCGAGCAGCAUGGACAAUGGUCCCACGUUUUCUUCGUCGAUUAUGACGGCGACUCAGCGGAACGAGGAUGACGACGACGAACAUGGUGGCGGCCACGACGACGUUACGGAGCAAGUCAUGGGUCUCCUCCAGACGCAGCAGUCCAUUGAGCCCUCCGUUUUGGAAUCCGUCCGCAAGAUCCUCCAGACGUCUGCCCGACGCACCAAGGGGAUUGCCAUGGGCCGGGAUUCUGCUCGUGCGGCUGUGAACGAGAAGAAGACCAAGAUUGCGCGGUUGCAGGAGCGGAUCGUGGCGUUGGAGAAUAAGGAGCAGGUGUUGAACAGCCAGAUUACGCAUAUCAAGGCCAGCUUGAUGAAGAUGUACGAGGAUAACUGA